AGGGGCAUCGUUCGUCGCGUCAACCACGGCAAGGUGCUUCCCGUCAUGGCUCACCGCCAGCUUCAGGAUGCCGAGAUGGCAACUGCCAACUCGCCAAUCGCGUCACGAACGCGGAAGCGCGGCGUCGGCAACACCGGUAACAGUAACAACACAAAUUCUCAGACUACAGUGGCAGCAUCGGCUCCGUCACGGGCGUCCAAGCCCAAAGCAGCGGCUCCGGCGGCUCCGGCGGCUCAGGCUUCUGUCAUGGCCACGCCCGAAGCGACUGUUCCGACUCCAGGGAUGAUUCCAAACAUGGCAGCCACGCCGGGAACCUUUCGACCCACUUUUGGACGUAGGUUCGCUCCUAGGGACGAGACAGAUACUCGAAGUGUCCGAAGCCUGCCGAGUGCGGCACCAGACCAAUCUCAAAUCGAUGAUUAUGAAAUGACCACAUCGCAGUACCAAGGCAUGUUAGAAGCCAGCAUUGUUCCUUCUGAUGCCUUCCACAUUCCAGAAGGUGCUAACGGUCAAAUGGGCGUGGCUCGAGCCCUGGAGAAAAACUUACCCAAACUCUUCGAGGCAGCUACCGAACUACAUCAGCUGCUUUCAGACCCUGAGCGGAAUUCUCAGGAGACACAAGAAGAAGAUACCGUCUGGCUUGGUGAACUGAGUGUUGCCUAUACAAUUCUGAACGCUCUCAAGCGUCCGUAUUGUUCUCAGGGUGUGCCGUACAUCCGCGAUACAGAGGAUCUCUGUGAGCGGCUACAGUACACAUAUGGUCACGUCCAUUUUGAGACUGCCAAGACCGUAGCAUCAACCGUCAACCUUUCUGAACUCAUGUACGAUUUCACUUUCUUACGGGAAGCCCCAGAAGAGCAGACGCUAUUUCUUGGUCGUCUUGAUAAAUAUUUUCCUGCAGUAUUUAUCCCCAUCUCACUCCUUGGACGAGGCGAGUGGGAAAUAGCCACGCUUGCCCUUGCCGUCGAUAUCAGGACCCAACUAGCCAUAUCCAGGUUACGAGAGCUUGAGAGUGGCCAGUCUGGAACAGAAGUCCUAGGUGACGUGUUUCUCGAGUAUUUCGAUAAACAAGCCCAACUCGACGAGCAGUUGGCCCUCCCACAAAGCUACCGAGGACUACCCGGUUGCGAUUCUGUGCAAUACCGCUUCAAGGAGCUGCCUGAAAUCGGCAAAGCACGGCAGCAGUUCUGUCAAAGGUGUCAGGAAAUCAAGGAGCUUCUAGGGGAGCACGUGAAUAACGUACCCGACGUCAUGUCCAAGAUUCAGGAACACUUUGACUUCGCUGGCUUUCGAAGUGUGCUCCAAACCUGGAUUGGCGGUGUGACUACCGACUUGAUGGAGGUUCCCCUCAACCAGGGCCCCUUUGAUCCCAACACCGGCACACCUACAUCGGCUCGCCUUCGAGAAUCUGUCCUUGGGCGAUCCCCCUAUAGUCCGGCAGCUAGCGCGGAUGCUGUACAGGCUUUCAUUCGCCUGGGUAUGGCAGGCCAACACCUUGCCAGCCCAAGUCCAGCAAACAAUAGUCGCGCCGGAAUACCACGGGGUCAGAAACGUCCUCGUCCGACCGAUGACGGUGAAGAUGACGACGACUUCGAGCAGGACCAACGCAUCCCAGACAGCCAGUCGAUGCCACCACCACCUCCUCCAGUCCGCCGGCGCCGACGUACCAGCGGUUCUCGCGCCAAGCGCAUCCAGAUGGAGCCACAAAUCCCUGUUGACCCAAUACUGACCGCCGGCGACUCGGCCCAGUAUCCUGCACCACCCGAAUCCAUUGGAGAUAGUGCUCAUGAUGGUAACAACAGCUCUGCUACUGGCUUGGACAACGCCAGUGAUGCGUUCGCUUCUCCCGCUCCAUCCUCGGUGCUGAAUGUCGCCACCGCACCGAAUUUGUUGCAGAUGUCGCAGCAUGCCAGGGCCAUCUCGGCACUAGCUAGGCAGCGCAACCCUAAGCCACCGCAGACUCGUGUGCCCUGGUCUAUACCUGAUUGUCAGCGCCUGAUUGGCGCUGUGGGUGCCUAUGAUGCCAAGUGGAGCAAGAUCGCCGAGGCCAUCAGGAACGGCCAGGUGCCACUUGAGCAUCCACGAGAUCAGCAGGCGUUGAGAGACAAGGCAAGGCUAAUUAAACAGGACAUGCUCAAAACCGACAGCAUCCUCCCACCGGGCUUCGACCUCGUUCUUUUUGGCAGGAAAGAGAAUGAAGCCGUCAUAAACGUCGGCAAGAACCCUCAUCGCAAGGAGAGCGAUAUAGACCCGGCGACAGGCCGCCCCAUCAAUACGGAAUGGGUCGACCCUAACGCUCCGCCUCCGCCACCGCUAGAGGAACAGGAUGGCGAGCAGCAACAGCCGGAGCCAUUGACCAUAGCAGAGGAGGCCGUGAUGGCUGCUGCCGAGGAGGAGAGGCAAGAACACGAUCACGAACCACAGCAGCAAGUAGAGGAGCAUAUCGAGCAACAGCAGCACCACCAGAAUCAUGAGCAGGGACGGCACCAACUGGAGGAGCACCUAGAGCAACAUCAACAUCACGAAGAGCAGUCGCAAAUUCAACAGGAGGACCAGGGAAAGGAGCAGGAGCAACAUGAGGCUUCGGCAUCCGAGAGUGCCGUGCGCAUGUCGGACUAGCUAUCCGACCUUGGACACAGGACCUCGGAGGCAACGUUGUCGCAGAGCGAUGGCCCGGGCAGCAUGACUCAGCAAAGCCUAUAAAAUAUGAGCAAUGAUAAGCCUUAUGAUUCGAACGCGGUCAACUUUGUAACACGACAGUUGCGGUGAACUUUUUUUUUUCUUUCUUUUUUGCUUUCUGUGUUGACUCUUUCACCCUUGUUUUCUUUGCCAUUGGUGAGCAAAAGGAUGUGUUAUUUCACAAGUACAUCUCAUGCCAAGAAGAGAAUCGCCAGGUUCCCUGUCAGCCUGAAAUCGAAGGGGAAGUACCAAGUCGAAAAAGAACCAUAGCAUGAUCGUGUCAUUUACUUGGUACCAUAACUAUACCCUGAUAGCUGAGAAGGAAUGGCUGGGAAAGGAAAUUGCUAGUAAUUAACUCCAAUUCUUUGGGUGUUAAUGUAUGUAGACAAUGUUGGGAAGGGAAGUAAAAGUAAA